AGGCUGUCGAAUCUCGAGUAGCCGGCUUGUCCCAGUGGCAGACGCCGUCCGAUCUCGCGAGCUUUCGGAGAUUUUUCGUGCUCUCUUAAAGGGUCUUAAAGAGCGGCGAGGCGUUUUACAUACGCGUUUGAUCGGAAACGAAUAUAUAUAUAUUCAUCCGCGGAGGAAGGAAGAGCAGACGCAGUUUAGUUUUGCUCAUAUGCCGACGACGAUAGGUCGAUGUCUCCUCGUCUCUUGUUUCGCGCUGAUGUUCGCCGUAUGUCUGGCCAAAGAUGCGCACAUCGUGGGCAGAUGGGCGGACAAUUUGGGCAUCGAAUUGUGGGAACUCGCAAACGAAAUUGCUCGACCCGAGGAAUUGCUGGAAAAAUACAAGAGCAUGAACACGCGAGUCGAGGACAAGUCCGGAGAAGAAUUGGUCAGCAUAAUCAGCGAGAAUGUGGGUAGGAUGCUGCGCCGAAAGAUGGACGCAAUCACCUGUAUUCGAAUAGCGGCCGAAGCAGUGGCGGAGAACUGGGACAAUACGUCUCUCGCGGACGGAAAUUUCUCCUAUGUUUCCGGCAAGUGCAGCCCUGUCAACGGUAAUUCAAUCGAGGACAGCCAGUGCGUGAAGCUGAAGAACGACAGCGCGUACAGAGAGAUGGAACUGAACGCGGACUCGCAUUUUUACAAUAUUCCGGUGAAUACGAGCUACUCGUCGGUACACAUACCAACCAACGUAUUCGAUUUCAUGGACGAUAUCAAGGAGGACAUCGCGAAGACCGAGCUGUUGGACGAAACGUUUCGUCAGAAUUACGAAUCCGAUCCGGCAUUAUCGUGGCAGUAUUUCGGUUCGGUCACCGGUGUGCUCAGACAAUAUCCCGCCAUGCAAUGGCGAACGGGCGUCGAGGAUAAUGACGACAAUCCAGAUCUCUAUGACUGCAGGGUGCGCAGUUGGUUCAUCGAAGCGACCACAUGCAGCAAGGACAUGGUUAUCCUGAUGGACAUCAGCGGCAGCAUGACUGGCAUGGGAAAGACGAUCGCGAAGGCAACUGUGAGUUCGAUCCUGGACACACUAUCGAACAACGACUUCGUCACCCUGCUAAAGUAUUCUAACGAGACGUCCGAGUUGGUGCCGUGCUUCAAGGACAUGCUAAUCCAGGCCACUCCAGAGAAUAUCGACACGUUCAAAAAAUCCAUGGAAAAUAUCAAGAUGGAGGGUGUCGCCAACACUACGACGGCUCUCCUUGAGGCGUUGCGCCUGCUUAAGAUUUAUCGGGAGUUCCGCGGCUGCGACCUUGACACACCGUGCAAUCAGCUGGUCAUGCUCGUCACAGACGGCAUUCCUGAAAAUCUGACACAGGUGUUGGAGAAAUGGAAUCGGGAAGAGAAUGGUACGCACAUACCGGUUCGAGUGUUUCCGUUGCUCUUGGGGAUGGAGGUGAUCAACGUGCGGGAAACCGAGCGGAUGGCGUGCUUGAACCGCGGCUCCCACAGGCUCGUGCAUACGCAGGAGGAAGUGCGCGAGCAAGUGCUCAAGUACAUCCCGGUUGUCGCGCGUCCUCUGGUACUUCAGGGCGUGGUACAUCCGAAUGUGUGGACGCACACUUACGCCGAUAUCACGAAUCCUGCACUUGCCGCUUGGCUAUGGCGAGUGAUGGAACACAAGGAACAAAAGUCGCGCCUGCAAAAACACUUGACGGGAAAACGGCUGGGCGUGAGAAUAAACGAGGAUGCAAUCUACAUACAAAAGCUGGGCAAAGUCGACAGCAUCGACACGGAUCCGUCCACCCUGGACACAAUCGCCUGGCAGGAAUACAGAAUGCUGACUUCCGUGGGCACGCCCGUGUUCGAUCAUAGAAGCAGCCGCGACAACAAGACACGCGUGACGGAGGACAAGUUGCUCGGGGUGGCCGGGACGGAUGUGCCGAUCGACGAUAUCCGCAAGCUCACGUUGCCGUACAAGCUCGGCGUCAACGGCUACGCCUUCAUCGUGUCAAAUAACGGCUACGUCGUACUACAUCCGGAUCUACGGCCGGUGGCCAGAGGCCAGCUUAAAUUGAACUAUAAUAGUAUUGACCUUACGGAAGUGGAAAUACUCGACGAUGGACGCGGACCGAGGAAUCCGGGUCCUGAAAUAUUGGAGCUGAGAUCAGCGUUGGUUGAUCACGAGCGUGGUAGCAUGAAAGGAGUCCCCGUGAAGUUACACUACGAUGACAACCGUCGUGUUACCUUCGAGAGACGCAAUUACUUUUACGCGCCCUUGCCUGGGACACCAUUUAGCCUCGCAGUUGCCAUACCCAACUACGGAACCACUUGGAUCAAGGUCGGUGAUGAGAUCCGCCGGAAUCAGAAUAUGAAUAUCAAUGUGUCGGACUAUUUUGUGGGCGAUCGCUGGCGAGUGCAUUCGAGCUGGGUCUAUUGUCGCUAUCACUAUCCGAAGAAUCACCGGUUCGAUCGUCCGGAGGACGAGCUACGCCACUUCCUGGCGCUGAUGAGUCGACCCGGUUGGCGGUGGUCCGAGCAGUACGAGGCUUAUCUAUCCGCGGAUGAGGACGUUGAUCAGGAGCCCGAUUGCGGGAGGCGAACGCUCAAGUACGACGAUUACUACUGCAACAAAGAACUCAUGCAGUUGUUGGUGUUCGACGCCAAAGCGACGAACAACAGCUUCUAUGACGGCUACAUGGAAAACUUACCGCGUACGGCCCGGAAUCUGGCGCAGCUCUAUGGCAUCUUCAUUAGAUUCAUCGCGACGCAAAGCGGUUUGACCAGGUGGCAUCAUUUUAAUGCCAGCCAUCUUACAGAGACGGAGAAGAACGUCUUCGGCAAUAUUCAUGGACGAGCGGUGAAUGAACCUUGGUACAAAGGCGCGAUCUUUCAGAACGAGAUAGACCCCAACAGUAUUUCUUUAUCCGUAUCCUGGGAAUCGGACGCGGAUGCAGUGGUGACGGUGUCGAUGAGCCUUUCGCCUAAGGAUGGUGGUAAGAAGGCGCCGGCGGGUGUACUGGGUUUUCAGAUGCCGGUGAUAAAUCUAUAUGAACGAUUCAUCGAGCUUACUUCCAUAACAACGAACCCCUACAUGAAUUGCGCCAAUGAUUGGAUCGAUUGCUACCUGCUGGACCAAAACGGCUACGUGAUUAUUUCGGAGGAGCAGAACGACACCGGGAAAUUUAUGGGCACUAUUAUAGAGGAAGGCGCUACUAUGAGAUCCAUGGUAGGGCAGGGUCUCUAUAAACCGUUCGACAUCUAUGACUAUCAAGCUUGGUGCCACGAGGGUCGAAUGAGCAACUCUGCCAACAGCAUGAUGGAACCUCUGCGACACGUUGGUAGGAUGUUAAUCUGGUUUCUGUUGCGGUUGAUAUGGUUCGCGACCCAAUUUGUAGACUUGCCCGGUAUUCAUGGCAAAGCUCAAUCAGACGAGGAUCUGCCUGAUCCGCCACCACCGCCAAAACCGUAUAUCCAUUACUACCCCUGCGAUCAGAAACGGACGCUUUACAUGCUGAACGAGACCGUCGCCGCCAAAGGCAUCACCAAUCACUCUGACUACUGCUCGAAGCCGUUCUACGCGCAAAAAGUAACACACUCGAAUCUCCUGCUGGUUGUGGUAGACAACAUGUAUCAUCCGACGUGCAUUGAAAGAUUGGACGUAACCCCUGUCAACAUUUUACCCUUCGAGUACGCAAAUAGCACGGCCGAGAAACCCUGUCAUAAAAUUCCGCUGAACGCUUUGAAGAGGCGUAUGCUGAAAAGUUGUUUUACGGAACAUCCCCUAGAACGUGAGAUCGACAAUUGUGCAGGAGCCUCUGAACUGACAUUGUCCCUGUCCUUGUUGUGCAUUACCGUCAUUAGGAUUCUGUAUGUCUUUGCAUGAUGAUAAAAUAUUAUCUUAUAUAUUUAUAUCCCAGGUAGAACAUAAAACUCAUAACGACGUCAUAAUGGCGUCAUCAUGAUUUUAUUCAUCACUUAUUAAAAGUUAUCUGGACAAAUAUCAUAAAAAAAUAAUUCAAAGAUGAUAAAAAGAAUCACAAAUUUAUAGCUCCCUAAUAUAAGAAUCGCUAUAAUUUAAAAAAAAUUAUGUUACUUGAAUAUUGUUAGAAUAUGUGUG